AAAAAGAAGAAGAAAGAGAAUAGAAAAGGAGGCGAAGAAGAAAAUCUGAAGCGAAGAGGUGGUUGCUCAUCGGUUUCACUAUCGCCGGAACUGACUGCGCCCACUCCCAGUCCCCGGCGAGAUCAUCCCCAAGAAAGCAAUGAAGGUGCUCCACAUUAGAACGUCAAGCCUGCCUUCCUCGCAAUUCAUUUCUCUUGUUUCCAUAUACUAGGAGCAGUGUAGGUUUACAAUACAGUUUUUGGACACUUCUUGAUCAAGCGAAGUUGUUCUUUGGAGACUGGGACUAGACAGAGACCUGAACAUCGAGAUGGCUUCCACUCGCAUUGAUUCUGUCUUAGAUAACAUCAAACGUUGGGUUGAUACGAUAGAUAAUUUGUCGAAUAUAGAUUCACAGUUGAAGGAUCUAUUUGAUAAGAGUCUGAAAAUUGCGAAGCUGGAUUUAAAACUUGUGAGAACAUUUCCUCUGUGUGCAAGAAAAUGGAGUAUUGACGGAUGGAAGCAGCUUGAAGAUUUAUUGUUUAACUUUGAAACUUCUGGUGUCAAUCUUGCUCAGGCGCUAAACAUUCUACCGGAGCAAGAACUCUUGCUUGAAGUAAGCUGUUAUUUUGGUGAAAAACAGAGGAUUUCCUGCACAGAAAUCAGCGAAAUGUACAGGACUUUAUUGGAUCUCUCAUCAGAAUCCAAUCAUUCUCCUGUGAUAGAUGAUGAAUUUUUUAAUUUCAUUAACUCCCUGCUAGAGAAUCUGGUGGAUAUUCUCAACAUUGAAGCUUAUAAUCGAGGUUUGCUUAAGGUAGAAUUUGAACCCCUCCAAGAGAAGUUAAAAUUCUUGAAGGAUUUGAUUCUCUUUGCAACAUGGCAAGGUGUUGAUCUUGAUCCCUGGAAAGGGCCCAUGGCUCGCUUUCAAGUUGUGGUUGUCCAGGCAGCGAAUCUCUCAUUCAGGUGUUGGUUUGACAGUUCAUUCGGGGAAGAUUGGCAAUUUGGCAUGAUGUUCACCACUCCAUGAUUUCUAAUCUGCGGCAAGAAAUGAAGCUUCUUGAAGCCCAAUUUUCUGAGACUUGUCUCCAGGGCUUAAGAGCUUCAAAAUUGCCAGGAUCAUUUAGAACUCCAAAGCUUGAGAAUGAUAUAUGUAUAUUUGGGGACUUUGCUGAUUCCCUCUCAGGUAUGCUUUGGGAGGUUCUAAACAGUGGCACCAGCUUCCUGGUUUCCAAACAAGAUCAGAUGCAAAUACUCUAUGAUGGACUCAGAUUUUUCAGAACCAUUUUCAAAAGCAGCAACAAAAGUUCAAGGGACUACACCAAAAGAUGAAGGAUCUUUCAGGAGCUGUCAUCCAUGAGGCAGGAAUUCUGAUUUUUUCACUUUUUGCAAACAGAAUAGAAGAAACCCUGCCCCAGGAGCUGGAUCUUGCAUUUCCUAUUUUGCUCCAGAAGAUUAAGCUUAUUAAGAUAGUAGCAUCAACUCUUGAGUCUUUAGGGACCAAUGGGCUUGGCUUUAUCAAGUUUCACAGAAACAAUCUAAAAGAACUUGUGGAGCUU